AUGACGGCCCAAACACCAGAAGCAGGGAGGGCGGAGGUGCAGAUCUCACAGCAGAUCCGGCAUUUUGCGCAAUGCAGCCUCGCCUUUACGAAAGCUGAAGGGCUCAAAGUCCUUGCCAUCGUCGAGUCUGCGAAGGUGUUGCUCCGAGAAGUCUUUGCUUCGCUACUGGGCGGGCCGCAGGAUUACCAGCCGGUCCUCCUUCAGUUUUCGACGGACACAACUCCUGUGGCCAACCGCAAGCACGUAAGCCUUAGAGCUGGCGGCAUUUCAGUAAGGCGCUCGGGGAUUUCAACAGAUGAAUUUUUGGUGCAGCAGCUUUUCGGGACGACUUUGACAGACUCUGGCCAGUUGAGACAUGGACUCGUUUUUUCAGAUCCUGUUCCUUUGCGCCACGGCAAAAAGAUGUCUUCGCUAACUGCCGUGGCCAUGCAAUGCCCUGGCAUCAGCAUCAGCGUACCGCAGCGUGAUCGAGUGCAGAUCCGGCACCAAGUGCAUGACCGCGCCGUGGGUCACAGACUCGUUGCGGCAAUGAGCGGAUUCUGGUCCACACGCAGCCGGAAGCCCGAGCUGGGUGCAGCGCACAAUGAGGUCAGCGGAAGCAGCCUUUACGACUGGCACAGCUAUGUGGGGUGUGCCAGCCAUGACGGCCAUAAUGCCCUGAAGUGGUCGCAUCAGACCCUGUUUGCGGAUACCGAGCUUUUAGAAGGAGUUUACGUCGCAGUGAGUGCCAUCCGUAAUUCUUAUUACACUUGCACAGAUGCCCUGGGCAGUUGGCUGGUGCAGUCUGUGCAACCUAGGCAUGCGGGCAUUUUGCCUCCUCAGGACGACUUGUUUGCGUUGUGGUGCUGUCUUGGCGUGGAGCCUGAACUGGCGCACAAGCUGGCAGAGAUGCGUUUGCUCUGGCGUGAUGGCCGCCUGCUGAUCCUGCAGGAAGUCUUCCAUGCGUCGGAGUUUUUAGAAACCGUGUCGGCGUGCUUGCUGGCCCUAUGGCGCUUCCCCUCCUUCACGACAUCCAGAUGGUGCACUGUGGGUGCUUCUUGCCGAGCUUUAGCUGCCGGCCUCCUGAGCGGCUACGAUGGCUUGUUGGAGUUCAUGCGACAGAAGGGGCUUUUGGGAGAUUAUUUGUGGAACGGCUUCAAACGUUUGAACGCCAGAGCCGUAGAAUUUGUUUUCGUGGUUGGGCCAACAGCAUACUUGCCGGAAGGGUUUCUCGCACACUUGCUGCAAGAUGCCCGCGUCGCUGUGCAGUACCAGAAACUCAAGGAGGACAUCCAAUCGGAGUACAGCUUCUUGGAGCAUCUGCCUGAACGAGUGUGGGCACUCCUCGCGGAGCGUGUUGAACUGUCAGCCGACAUGCUUAGAAACAAAGUCAUUGCUGGUGCCACCAUCUCAUGGGCUUUCAUCGAGUGGAAGGUCCUACAGGUAGCCUCUGCUUUGCCUUGGAGCCUGUGCCGUGGUGACGUCCGUGCUAACAUAGAACAGCUGUCAGAUCGCCCUGUUGCACCAGCAGAGCCAACAGCCCGCAAGAUCUAUCAGUUGGCCAGAGGAGGUGUGAACAUGGUGCGGCUACAGAGAGCUGUCGCCCUGCUUGGCCAGGCCUCGUGGACGAGUUUCUUUACUGAGCGCCAACAUGCAUCCACCAGCUUAGUCAAGCGGCACCAUCCAGAUAUAGGGUGUGAUCUCUUGGCUGGUCGUGCAUUUCUGCACACCUUCCGGCAGAUGCUGCCGCAGCGGUCUCCGGAAGAAGUUGAGCGAGAACGAUUGCAGGCCAAGCUUUUCAAGGCUCUGAAGGGCAACCCCAACAAGAUCCGAGGACGGCAGAUGUUCUUGGCAUACACGAUGGCAAAGGCAACACGCCGAGAAGAAGAGAGACCUGAACGGCCUAGAUACAAGCGCCCUCGCAUCAUGCAGCUUCAUGGUGAGCAGUGGAAUCGGUUGACACCGGCGGCGAGGCAACGCUAUGAGACGGCAGCUUCCGUGCAGAGGGAUGUCGCUCAAGAGAUGCAGCGCAGGGAAGUCCAAGUGCUCCAAGAGCAGCUGCAGGAAGUGAACCAACGCAAG